AUGGCAAAGGUAUUGAUGCCUUUCUCAAGGCUUGCUCGUUAUUCUCUUGACUCCUUAGAAUACUUGUUGGAGUAUUAUAAAGAAUUAAGUGCUGCUAUUGUGGGCUCUGUAGUACAUCCUCUUCUUGUUACCCGUACAUACAGCAGACUCCAUAGGAGCCUUCAAACUGCAGGGCAGUUCUUCGCAGCUUGCGUGCAUGCGCAUAAGAUUGGGGUGAGUCUGCAGCACGAAAUUGCAGAAAUAAGAGGGGGAAUAACAGCGAGUGCUGCGCCGUCGUAA